AUGGAUCACACGCGCGAUCCCUGUCCCUGGGUUGCCCUAAGCGACUUCGGCGGUGCCUUCGCCAUGGGUGCUAUUGGUGGUGCUGUCUGGCACGGUGUUAAGGGAUUCCGCAACAGUCCGUACGGCGAGCGCCGGAUAGGUGCGCUCACCGCAAUCAAAGCGCGCGCCCCCGUUCUCGGUGGUAACUUCGGCUGCUGGGGAGGUCUCUUCAGUAUCUAUGACUGUUCAAUUAAGGGUAUUCGCAAGAAGGAAGAUCCUUAUAAUGCUAUCAUUGCUGGUUUCUUCACUGGUGGCUCCCUCGCUAUCCGUGGUGGUUUUAAGGCUGCCCGAAACUCCGCUAUCAUGUGUGCCGUCUUCCUCGCGGUCAUUGAGGGUGUCGGUAUCGGUUUCCAGCGCAUGAUGGCCGAUAACACAAAGCUUGAGCUUCCUCCCCUUCCUCCGUCGGAGCAGAAGGCCCUCGCUUAA